AUGAAAAUACAAUUAUUAUUAGUUCUUCUAAUAGCUGCCAAUACUCAAUCCUUUUUAGAAGAGUCUGCACUCUACUAUCAGACUCCCUUCGCUCCCAUCAUGAUCUAAGAGGAUGUGUAAUAGCAAGAUAUUGAAACAGCAAUAGCUCCUGAAUAAGAAUAUGUGUAUAAUCCAGAGUCUGUCUUAUAAUCAGCCAAAGAAUAAUAAAUUUUGAUAGCCAGAAAUUAUGAGUAAAACUUGCCUGCAACAGGUGAUUGCAUAAUAUUGUAUUCUGAAUGCAACUUUAGAGGUUCAUCAUUCAAGUAUUGCAACAAACCAGAUGAAGUCUUAUCAUUUUAACUCCCCAUAUAAUCUGUAUAUGUUCCCAUUGGGUAUUGAUCAUGCUUAUAAAGAUCCUCAUUUUAAAUGACUGAUGCCUUAGAGGGAAACUAAAUCAAUAUGUUAUUGAGCAAUGAUUGCAUUCCAUCCGGUUUACAUUUACCAGAACCAGAAUUAUAAGAAGUCUAAGACACUGGCAGCAGUUGGUUUAGUGAAUUGAAGGAUUCUGAAAAGGCUGUUCUAGAUGAAGGUGACUUGUCAACACCAAAAAUAUAAUAUUUUGAUAAUGAUGGAAAUGUGAUUAGUAAUUUUUCAUUUGAUUAUUCUAUCAGGCAGAGAACAAUAUUAAAAGAUGGUUGAAGAGGAUGCCAAGAGAUCUUAUGAAAUCUUAAGUGGAUAAUAAAGUCUAGCAUCUCCAGGAGAAGAAUAACCUUAAUAAACUGCCACUGCUAAUGUUGAAGAAAUGCCUGUAGAAAAGGAAUAAUAAUAAUAAUAAUAAGAAUGAUA